AUGCAUCAAAUUUGUGAACACUGGGUGCAUGAAAUGGUAUCCAUGUUGUUACAUCAGACGACUGAAUAUAACAGUCAUGGUGAACUGAAUGAUUGUAACUUUGAAUGUAAAACUGACUGGGACCUAUUGGAGCAAUUGAACAGUCCAAGAUUCUUUCAAACACAUUUACCAUUAAAAUAUUUUCCAAGAAAGCACGUGGAAAACGGAUACAGGAUUAUAUAUCUUAACAGAAACCCAAAAGAUAGAGCUGUGUCAAACUUUCACUUCAUGCAUAAAAAAAGGAGUACCUGUUGGGUCCUGGCUACUAUUCCGACACUUCGGGAACUUGUGUCGUUUCUUGGUGUGACAGCUGACGAUGAGUUCCUCCAUGACAUCGCCGAUAAAUGUUCGUUUGCAAAUAUGAAGAAUAAUAAGACUGAUGUAUCAUCAACAAUUAAUUCUGGCAAAACAGUUAUUUGGCGAAAAGGAAUAAUUGGAGACUGGAAAAACUUGUUUACAGUGGCACAGAAUGAAACAUGUGACCAAAUGUAUGAGCAGGAAAUGAAGGGAUGUGAUGUCAAAUUCACAUAUAAUGCUAAAUAAAGUGGUGAUUAAAUGCCUUUUUAGAAACUUUGAGCGUAGAUUCUGGCAUUCGUCAUGACUUGGUACAGACAUUUUUUAUGUAUAAAUUGGUGGUUUAAUCAUCGGUCCAAGAUACAUUGGCUAAUCUAGUUCUGAACUCUUAGCGUGUUUGUGCAAUUGCUUGUGUACCUAAUAGAAUGUAUCGGUAUGUAACUGAUCGUGGGAAACAAUGUAGCUACAUAUAACUUAUUAUACUUCCAUUGAUCUGAUCAGUGUUAUAGUAAAAACUUCUUAUAUUUUACUGUCUUCUUGUGUGUAAAAUAUACCAGGUUGGAUCUUUACUCGAUGGUUCAAGAUUGUGUAGAUAAGAACAUGUAUAAAGCCGCUGUUGCCUUUACUGCACAAUAUCCCACUUGAAUUGGUCGUCUACUAUUCCGAUGUCUCCGUCUGGCCCGGAAUAUUUUUCUACUGAUUGUGAACUAGCAGGUGGCAUGAAAAGAGAAACGAGAGUAAGGUGGCGAAAAUUUAGGGAAUAGUUGGAAGGAGUUAAAAUGCUGAAAGUAACGUAAUAUCAAAUGUCCAAAAAUUAUUUGUCAUUGACAAUUUGCAUUUCUCGAUAGUGGUAAGGACUCUUAUAUUAAGCAUUAUCAAGAAUUUAGGAUCAAUACGAGCCUUAUAUAGGUUUAUGAGAUUUUAGUCUUUUCUGGUCAUUUCAGAACCUAUAUAUAUUCGGUUGAUUUUAUUGACACAAUGUCCGUUUUAUUUUUUGGACUUGUUUCUCCAUGUUCCAAUUAUUUAAUCGACAUUCUAAUGCAAUUCGUUUGUAACGAUAAUUUUCAUUGGACGUUGACAAAAAAAUUCUACCAGUCCGUAACUGUGAAAGCCGCUAUUUUGAAUUCCGAUUUUUCUUGGUAUGUAAACUCUCCUCACGAAAUAAACAUGAAACUCACGUUUUGAGCCUCAAAAUCUUAUUAUUGUGAACGUUGAAACCAUGCCAAAGUUAUGUCAAUCUUUAAAGACCCAAAUGUUGCAAAACACUUAUCCUACUUCCAUGACAAGUAUGUUGUUGUCCCCGCAGAUAAAACCCUAACCAACAUCGUUUUUGUGUGUAAAACUUAUUACAUUAACUGCUUGAUAAACAAAUUAGGUAUUGCAAAUUCACUUGGAAACUUAACAUAUACCCUCACGACACUUAACAUACAGGAAAUCCUGAAUAUUCAUAGGUCUAUGUUCCUUUAUGAGUUUCAACCAAAAAUGAAUCUUUAUUCAUUUUAUUGGAUACAUAAACUACAUAAGUGUCCUUGCAAACAACGGUAUAUAGCUGGGUCUUCAAAGUGCUCAACGAAACCUUUUUCUAAAUAAUUAACAUCUAUUUUCAUCAAUCAAAACCGGGCUUCAAAGUUAUUGUGAAACUGCCUAUUCUAGAAGUGGCAUGCAUCAAAUAGGAUACUACAAAGCUUCAAAUUUCUUUUAGAGUAACUAACUCUCUUUUGUCUUGCAAUAGUAUUAAGGCAUUUAACUUUUCAACACUUUACACAAGUAUUCCACAUUCCAAACUAAAAGACAAAUUGAAAGAAUUGGUAUUGCUUUGUUUCAUAAAAAAAAUAGCCAACGGUAGAUACAAGAAUCUUGUCUUAGGGAGGGAUAAAUCUUACUUUGUAAAGGAUCACUCUGAUUCAAACAAAAAAAAUUUCUGAAUCUGACAUUAUCAAGAUGCUUGGUUCUUUGAUUGACAUAUUUUUUACGUUCAGAGGACGUGUUUGUCAACAGACUGUCGGCAUUAGAAUGGGAACUUAGUUUGCCCUUCUCUUCUUGCCGACUUGUUAUUAUGAGGCUAUUUUUAUACAGGAAAUUCUUAGGAAGAAAGCAAAGAAUGUAAGCAAUGUCCUUCAAAUUUACCGUCCGCUAUAUAUAUGAUGUUCUUUCACUAAAUAAUUCAGAAUUUGAUUACUGUCAUUACUAUGUUUAACGCAUUUAUCCAAUCUAGCUAGAAAUAAAGGAUACAACAUAUACAAUUAAGUCAGCCUCAUAUCUUGACUUAUAUCUAGAAAUUGACAAUUAGGAUCGUUUGAAACAAAACUUUACGACAAAAGAGAUAAUUUCAGCUUUGCAAUUGUGAACUUUCCCUUUUUACAUUCAGCAGCACCUGCAUACGGGGUAUAUAUUUCCCAAUUGAUACGAUAUACCCGUGCCUGAAUUUCCUAUCAUACCUUUCUUGAUAAAGGGUUACUGCUAACAAGGAAGCUAUUAAACCAAGAGUUCCAAAUGGUGAAGUUAAAAUCAUCCCUUCGUACAUUUAACGGACGCCAACA